GUCUCAAAAAAAAAAAAAAAAAAAAAAAAACAAGAUAGAAGUUUAUUUCUGCCUCAGUUAAAAGGUGUCUGGGGGCCGUGCAUGGUGGCUUACACCUGUGAUCCCAGCACUUUGGGAGGCCGAGGCAGGUGGAUCACCUGAGGUCAGGAGUUCAACACCGGCCUGGUCGACACGGUGAAACCCCAUCUUUACUAAAAAUACAAAAUUAGCCUGGUGUGGUGGCACACACCUGUAGUCCCAGCUACUCUGGAGGCUGAAACAGAAUUGCCUGAACCUGGGAGGCGGAGGCUGCAGUGAGCCAAGAUCGCAGCAUUACACUGCAGCCUGGGCAAGACAGAGUGAGACUUUGUCUCAGAUAAAUAAAUAAUAAAUAAACAAAAAUUAGCCAGAUAUGCUCGCUUGAACUCAGGAGGCGGAGGUUGCAGUGAGCCAAGAUCACACCACUGCACUCCAGCCUAGGCAACAGAGCGAGACUCGGUCAAAAGAAAAAAAAAUGGUGAGCUGGGCGUGGUGACUGACGCCUGUAAUCCCAGCACUUUAAGAAGCUGAAGGGGGCAGAUCACUUGAGUCCAGGAGUUCGAGACCAGUCUGGGCAAUAUGGCAAAACCCCAUCUCUACAAAAAAUUUAAAAAUUAGCCGGGUGUGGUGGCAUGCCCCUGUGGUCCCAGCUACUUGGGAGGCUGAGGCAGGAGAAUCACUUGAGCCCAGGAGGCAGAGGUUGCAGUGAGCCAAGAUUACACAACUGUACUCCAGCCUGGAUGACAGAGACCCCCAUCUCAAAAAAAAAAAAAAGGUAUCUGUUGGCUGGUCUGAAGAUAGGUGUCUCAAUUGUUCACGGCCAGUUACAGAUCAAACUACUCUUUCCCCCUUCUCACUACUGCACUUGUCUUUUUUUUUCCCCCCACAAAGAAUGGGGCUUCAGAUACAACUGAAAAAUAAAAGUGUCUGGUAGUAGGCAAUCCAGAGCUGGCAUGGUGGCUCUGCAAUUAACAAGGACUUAUGCUUCUUUUUGCUUCACCAUCCUAGUGUGCAGCUUCCAUCCUCAUGGUCAUCUCAUGGUCUAAUAUGGCUUCUAGAGCUUAAUUCAUCUCAUCUACAUUCCAGAUAGCAGACAGAAGGAAGGAAAGAUGAUUAGGGGGAGAGAGAGGAGCACAGAAGGACGCUUUCUAGUUAACUCUUUAAAGGGCCUUCUUGGAAGUCCAAGACAAUACUUCCAACACUUCUGUUUAUGUUCUCUUGGCCAGAACUUAGUCAGUUGGCCAUAUCCAGCUUUAAGGGAGACUUGGAGAUGAGUUUUGUGGGUUUUUUUGUGUAACUUAAAAAAUAUCUUGAUACGUAAUUCGCAAACAGUGAAAUGUACAGAUCGUAAGUAUACAGUUUGAUAAGUUCUGACAAAUGCAUACACCCAUGUAACCCACAUCCCUCUGAAAAUAUAGAGCAUUUCAUCACCCCUAGAAAUUCCCUCCUGCUGAGAGGACUUUUUUUUUUUUAAACAAUACAAAUGAGAGAUAAUGAAGGCUUCUUAUCCUGAGGUGGGAGGGUUGUAGCUAUGGGAAUGGAAGGGAAGAGCUGGAGAGACUGUGGAAGGAGAAUCCAGAGUAGACCCGUUGGAUAUGGGAGAUGAGAGAAGAAUGAAUGCUGGUAGCAGAGCCACUAACAGAAACAAGAGAUAGGGAGGAAGUCUAGGUUGUUACAAAUGGAUUGGAAGAAUGAGUACAGUUAAGACUGUUGGCUGGGCGCAUUGGCUCACGCCUGUAAUCCCAACACUUUGGGAUGCUGAGGCUGGCGGAUCACGAGGUCAGCAGUUUGAGAGCAGUCUGGCCAACAUGGUGAAACUCCAUCUCUACUAAAAAUACAAAAAUUAGCCAGGUGUGGUGGUGGGUGCCUAUAAUCCCAGCUACUCGGGAGGCUGAGAGAGGAGAAUCGCUUGAACCUGGGAGGUGGAGGUUGCAGUGAGCCAAGAUCGUGCCAUUGCACUCCAGCCUGGGCGACAAGAGUGAAACUCCGUCUCAGCAAACAACAACAACAACAACAAAAACUGUUUUAAAAAGUGGGCCGGGCGUGGUGGCUCAUACCUGUAAUCCCAGCACUUUGGAAGGCCGAGGUGGGUGGAUCACCUGAGGUUGGGAAUUCGAGACCAGCCUGACAGACAUGGAGAAACCCUGUCUUUACUAAAAAUACAAAAUCAGCCAGGCAUGGUGGCGCAUGCCUGUAAUCCCAGCUACUCGGGAGGCUGAUGCAGGAGAAUCACUUGAACUCGGGAGGCAGAGGUUGCGGUGAGCCGAGAUCGCGCCAUUGCACUCCAGCCUGGGCAAUGAGCGAAACUCCUCAGAAAAAAAAAAAAAAAAAAAAAAAGUCUGGUGGCUCACGCCUGUAAUCCCAGCACUUUGAGAGACCGAGGCAGGCGGAUCACCUGACAUCAGGAGUUUGAGACCAGCCUGGCCAACGUGGUGAAACCCCUUAUCUACUAAAAAUACAAAAAUUAGCCGGGCGUGGUGGCGGGCGUAAUCCCAGCUACUUGGGAGGCUGAGGCAGGAGAAUUGCUUGAACCUGGGAGGCGGAGGUUGCAGUGAGUGGAGAUCGCACCACUGCACUCCAGCCUGGGCUGCAGAGUGCAGUGAGACUCUGUCUCAAAAAAAAAAAAAAAGUGAAGUCUUUACACAAACAUAAAUGGAUUAUGUGUGCUGCCCUUUGAGAAGUUUGUUGAUGAAAGGAGAAAGGAAAUAGUAGCACCAGAGGAAAAGAUCAGGGAUUUACCCUGUUCUUACAGGAUAACAGCUCCUUGCUCUUUUCAGCUAGCUUUUCAAAGGACAGGGAUAGGACAGCCCCCUGCCUUCUUUCGGAUACUUGGAUCUAUAACCUCCAGAAAUUCAAGCUGAAGUAGUUGGAGGUCGGAGAGGAAUGAGAACUGCCUGGGUGGGGUCUGCCAGCCAGACACUGCCAGGAUAGCCACAAGGAGACAACUUAGAGGGAAGAACAGACAGCAACCACGUUGGACUCAGGCAGUCCUGGGUUUGAAUCCUGUCUCUGUCACCACCUAGUCUGAUGACCUUGGGCACAUCCUGAGCACCCUGUGCCUUAUCUGUAAAAUGGAAACAAUUAUGCCGACCUUUCAGGGUGGUUUUGAGGAUUAGAGACUAGCUCCUGACACACAGUAGGUAAUCGUAAAUGGGUGCUAUUAUUUGGCCCGACCCACGUUAUAGGACAGAACGUCUAACGGAUGUGUCAGAACGUGCGCCCUCCGGAUCUUGGAGGGUACAGAGGGCGCCCCUCGGCCUCCUCCCUUUCGGAGGUGGGGACAAGGUGGAGGAAGGGCUGCAGGAGGAGGAGCUCUAGCAUCGCGACCCGCCCCGUCCCGUCCAGUCUGGCCUGGGCGCCGCGGGAACGCUGUCCUAGCUGCCGCCACUCGAACAGCCUGUCCUGGUGCCCCGGCUCCCUGCCCCGCGCCCAGUCAUGACCCUGCGCCCCUCACUCCUCCCGCUCCAUCUGCUGCUGCUGCUGCUGCUCAGUGCGGCGGUGUGCCGGGCUGAGGCUGGGCUCGAAACCGAAAGUCCCGUCCGGACCCUCCAAGUGGAGACCCUGGUGGAGCCCCCAGAACCAUGUGCCGAGCCCGCUGCUUUCGGAGACACGCUUCACAUACACUAUACGGGAAGCUUGGUAGAUGGACGUAUUAUUGACACCUCCCUGACUAGAGACCCUCUGGUUAUAGAACUUGGCCAAAAGCAGGUGAUUCCAGGUCUGGAGCAGAGUCUUCUAGACAUGUGUGUGGGAGAGAAGCGAAGGGCAAUCAUUCCUUCUCACUUGGCCUAUGGAAAACGGGGAUUUCCACCAUCUGUCCCGGGGACUAAAGACAACCUGAUGAGGCCACCUGGCAUGACCUCCAGCAGCCAGUAACUUGUUAGGGAAGAGACCUGUUUGGGCCACAUGGGUCUGCUGCCUGUGCCACCACCUUUCCCAGAACACUGGACUUCUUUCCUGCCCUUUUCUACAACUCUACGCUGUGUCAGCUGUACAGCCACCGCCCCCCCCCCCCACCCCCCGCUUCCUUUCAGCCUCUUCAGGGAAGAGACAGUAAAAAUAAUCACAGUCAAGUAAUUCAAAACAAAACAAAAAGCAACUGUUAAAGCCAAGUCUACCCCAUAACUUUAAAAGCCAUCAUUGGUCACUGCCGACGUCUAUUUUUGAAAGGUUGAGAUGGACAGAUUUCCCAAGAUGCAUAUCUUUUGCUUUCAGUUCUAACAAAUGUUCUAUUAGCUAAAAUGUGUUGUACUCCACAGAGUAUUGGGCUCGUAAUUCUUCUUCUUCUUUUUUUUUUUUUUUGAGACGGAGUUUCACUCGUUGCCCAGGCUGGAGUGCAAUGGUGCAAUCUUCGCUCACCACAACCUCCGCCACCCGGGUUCAAGCGAUUCUCCUGCCUCAGCCUCCCGAGUAGCUGGGAUUACAGGCAUGCGCCACCACGCCCGGCUAAUUUUAUAUUUUUAGUAGAGAUGGGGCUUCUCCAUGUUGGUCAGGCUGGUCUCAAACUCCCAGCCUCAGGUGAUCCGCCUGCCUUGGCUUCCCAAAGUGCUGGGAUUACAGGCAUGAGCCACCGCGCAUGGCUGGGCUCAUAAUUCUUAUCCUAGUUCCAGCUUAGAGGAAGGCCUGGAAGGAGGGUAGGGGGCCCAAGGAGAAACUUUUACCCAAAGCCC